AUGCCCGUCAUCCCCGAUCCAGCUGACUUCCCUUCCCUUGAACAGAAGGGAAACAAAGAGUCUCAGAACAAGUCGGAAGAGCAGCCUAAGAAAGCUUCAGCCACCGACUACUUAUCCAAAGGGCCUCAGAUUUCAGAGAAUAUGCCACCCAAGGCCACCCGAGAAGAAAUCGAGGCUCGCAUGAAGGAACUGAACAAGUGA